AUGAUUUCCUCGGAAACUGAUCAGAACGAACCCACUACACUUCUACAAAAAUUGACUUUACAGCUUGAUACAUUUUGUCCAAGUGACAAUCUGAACAACGAUACUUUACUACAGAAACACAUAAGAUCUGUAAUAGAAGAACCAUAUGAUGUGGAAGAAAUGCCCGCCUUUACAGAUAUAGAAAUACCACAAUUUAUAUUGGUGGACUUGAUGAAAAAGUGUCAGAAGCUAUAUUAUGGGAAUUAUCUGUUCAAGCUGGACCUGUCGUAUAACUUACGGCACAUAGUGCUAUAUGCAAAUUGUCGGAUCAGUCAACGAGGUGGCAAAAAAAGACUUUUGAAAUUUAUAAUCAGAGAUCCUGAAACAGGAAAUUCAAAAAAUUAUGCAUUCAUCAAUUUUGCUAGUUUUGAAGCAUCAGAUGCUGCUAUACAAGCUAUGAAUAGACAGUAUCUUUGUAACAAACCUAUUAGUAUAUCAUACGCAUUUAAAGAAGAUUCAAAAGGCGAUAGACAUGGUUCAGCAGCAGAACGUCUUCUAGCUGCUAAGAAUCCACUUUCUCGUGCCUACAGACCUCAUCAAUUGUUUGCUGAUGCACCUCCACCACCAUCUGCACCAGUAGUAGCACCAAUGGCUGCACCGCCACCACCAAUGGUUGGACUUUCUCCUCCGCCGAUGGCAGUAGUGACAUCAGGAGCUGUUCUUCCAUAGAAAGUUCUCCCCUCAACAGACUGUGUGAUAAAAUGUCAAUGACCAAAGUUGACCAUUAAAAAUUUAAAAAAGGGACAAAUGGAAUUAGUAGAAGCUAUGGAAUGUUGGAAAUAGAAAACUCGUAUUAUAGCUUAUUUUUAAGAUACUGCCAAUAAAAAACCAACUGAAUUUUUAUUAAAAUUUUUUGCGGGUCAGAAAUGAUUCAAAGUGGCAAAAGAG